CAGUUUACAUUAACCUAAACGGCGCCGUCUUGGUUUAUAGUGGGCAAGAGAGCCACCCACCACUCCCGAACCCGAACCGGCGAACCCUAGAACCUUCUUCUCUCCAGCGGCCAACUAACCACCACUCUAAACUCUCAAGCUUGAAAUCUCCUUGUCUCUGCCGGUGUGCCGACUCCCGACUCCGAGCUUCCAGGCCUCCGUUCCACUGCUUCUUCAAGUCACUCAAGUAGACAAUAAAGUGUGCUUUCGUUAUUUCUGGCUCGGGAUAACUGAAUAUUGCUGCCUUCUCAGAGAAAAUUUGGUUCAUAACCAAUCUUGUGUACGGAUCUCUGACAUAUCCAUUUGGGAACUCAAAUAUGUCAAGUGGUGGCCCUGGACUUGAAUCACUUGUAGAUCAAACCAUAUCAGUUAUCACAAAUGAUGGACGCAAUAUAGUGGGAGUUCUAAAAGGCUUUGACCAGGCUACAAAUAUUAUCCUUGAUGAAUCUCACGAACGUGUCUACUCCACAAAGGAAGGUGUUCAACAGCUUGUGCUGGGUUUGUACAUAAUAAGGGGUGACAACAUAAGCAUUGUUGGGGAGCUGGAUGAAGAGCUUGAUUCUAGUCUUGAUUUAUCGAAACUGAGGGCUCAUCCACUUAAGCCUGUUAUCCAUUGAUCGAUUAGGAAAGGUGUAGAGCAGCUAGAGCUACUAUACUAUCGUGAGCGAUUAAUACCUACAAAGAAAUGUCAGAACAUUUAGGUAUAAUGAUGACAAUUCUAUGUGCUAUAAGCUUUUGAAAGUACUGAAUGUUCUGUCUGUUCUUAUUUUGUGUUACUUUUUCCAUUGGUUAGGGAUUAGUUGCUGUACUGAUAGCUUUCAGUCGAGUGCUAAUAUUAAUGAACAUUU